GGGGGGGGAUUCUGUAAUAGCCACAUUGAAUAACAGUCUCGUACACAUUUGAAGACAAAAGAAGUCAAAAUGCAGACACAGUUUAUAUUUUCCAUUUCAGUGAAAGCCCUGAAUCUUAGCAGAGGAUUUUUUGUUUUUAAGAUGCCUGUCCUUGUUCUUCAUCUCUAGGAAAGAUUAGCUCAAAUUCAUUUAUCAAUCACCCUGGUUGGUGAUUAAAAUGCCCAGAAGGAUGUGUGAUAAAUGUGCAACAGCCAGACCAAACACAGCUUCUGAGCCCAUGCAGGGUGCCAAUAUAUCACUUCCUCUCUUGCACAUCUGGCUCACACAGCAAAGUGUGUGAUUUCCUUUGAAACCCCAGAACCUUCUUCUUGGCUGUCGUUGGUAGAGCUUCCUUGGCAAGAGCAUUGGAGCAGUUUUCUAGUCCUUGAUGAGCACAUGGGAUGGGGGAAGGAAAACACGAUCUCACUGAAGACUCCUGGUCCGUUUAAACAUUAAUCUUCUGUGAUCUCUUAAAAAAAGGCGGAGUGCUCAAGUCAAGAGGCCACUGCAGUCUGGACCUUGGACUCUAGACAUUUAAGCAACGAUGAAGCCGAAAGAAGGUCUUCGGGACACCACAGAAUUAGCCACGAAAUUUGAAUUUAACCCGAAGGAUGGCAUUGAUAACCCGGCCCUGUCCUUGGCAGAGGACUCAGAGCCCGAAGAAGCAUCCAAGCCGCGCUUCUGCUUUCUGAAGAAAGAAGACGGUGAGAGUUUUGGGUUCUGGUUGCGUCAGGAAGUGGGGAAGAGUGGGCAUAUCGUGUGGCAGGUGACCCCCGGGGGGCUGGCCCACCGGAGAGGCUUAAGGAAUGGAGACAGGAUCCUUGAGGUCAACGGCGUAGACGUUGACACCAUGGAGCACCAUAGGGUAGUUUGGAAGAUCAAGAGUAGUGGAAAACAAGUUUCCUUGACCAUUCUGGACGGGCACGCCUAUGAGUUGGCCAAAGCCCUUGGCCGAGACCUUGUGCCACUCUUGCCUGCCCACAAGAGGCCACAGCUGUUCUGCAUCACUAAGGACUCCAGUGGCUUUGGCAUCAGCGUUUCGGCUCCGGAAGGUGUGAAGGGCACCUUUCGACUGUCUGUGCCAAGGGACGGGACGGCUUACAAGUCAGGCGUGCCAGAUGGAUCAUGGCUUUUGGAACUCAACGGCGCCAGUGUGGAGAGAUGGACGUCUGCUCAGCUGAACAAAAAGCUGAGGCACAGCAGUAACCCAAUGGGUCUCUUGGUGAUUGACUCUGAGUCGCAAGCCUUCUAUCGCCAACACGGGAUUAAGGUCACGGCCACCAUGGCCGAUGCCUCCCUGGUUCCUUUCCAAGUGAGGAAACUGCAUAUGAGGAGGAGCCCGGAAGGGUACGGGUUCUUGCUGAAAGAGGAAAAAUGUGGCUCUGGAAAGACAGGCCAGUUUUUGAGAGAGGUGGACAGAGGGCUGCCAGCUGAGAAGGCGGGGAUGAGAGAUGGGGAUCGCCUCUUGGCUGUGAACGGUGAGAUCACUGAAGAUCUUGAUCACCAGGAGGUGGUGUUGCACAUCCGGGCAGACAGCAGUCAGGUGACCCUCUUGGUCAUUGACAAGGAAGGAAGCACAUUCUACGAUUCGGUUGGAUUAUCACCUCUCCUUUUCUAUGAUGAAGUAGACCUCCCAAAGGGUCCACGUGUCCCACAUGAUGACUCCUCCUUUUCCAACACGUUGCAGAAAAGCAGCCACCCGACCUUGAUGUCGUCCCCCUGCCCCCCGAGUCGGGGCUCCCGUAGGAAUCAGCCGCCACCCCAACAGCCCAACAAUGGUCUGUCUACCUUGACAGAAAAGGGCCAAGAUGGACUGAGCCAGGCGUUCUAGAGGCUGCCUAACCGUUGCCAUUCCAGUUCUUAGAAUAAGCAGUUUUGCACAAAUUCCCUUCUGGUCACGGGAUCCUCCAUUCCCACAGCUUGAUCUUUCCUGUCACGCUCAUGGAUUCUCACCCCUCUCGGAAAAAAAAAUACAUCCUGCAUAUCGUGGCAAGGAAGCUUUGAGGUCUGCUGGCCUCGAUCAGAAAUCGAAUUAAUGGUAUUUAAUGGGAAAAAAACCCUGAUCAUUUAGACUGUGACUUCAAAACACAAGAGGAAGCCUUGAAAGUCAAGGACGACUUCCUCUCCUCGCAUGAGGCCUGGCAUUUACGUGAAGAGGAAGCAAGCGGUGUUAAAUAGAAACUGCCCUCUGUUUUGAAACAUUGCAGUUGCUAAGAAGAGAGAAGCAGAAGGGACUGUCAUCUGGAAACUCUGCCUUGUUGGUUUGAGGCAUGCAAGAAAAGGACAUGAUGAAUUACGGUUUAUAUUUAUAGCCUGUGUUUUUAACAAUGAUGUGUGCGGUUCUCCUUCA